AUGGGAGCUGCCAAAACACCUGCCCCUGGGCUCCGAAGCCUCCUCAGUUUACUGGUGAUAUUAGUGGAUGGGUGGCACGACCUGGAUAACAGCGACUAUGAUUGCUGGCCCCUGGAAAAACCAGAUGAGUAUAACAUGCUUGACUGUGGAGGUCUUGAGAUGGCCUGGGUCCAGAGACCUCCAGAAAAGGCUAUGAGUGGGGAAUUCUUCAAUGUAACUUAUGCAGUCUUUGCUUCAGAUCACUUUUACCACUAUGCUGUGCAAAACGGAAUCCUCUCUCACAGGUACCACUUCCUGGUGCAGGUAGUUUUGGUUCAUGUGGGUGUGACCUCUCUCAUCGCACACAUCAGGGUUGGGAAAAUGCAAGUUGCUCUGGAAGCCAAAACCACUGUGCUCCCUGCAGUAGUCUGCGGAGAUGGUGUUUGUGAAGAUGAUGAAGGCUGUUCCACGUGUCCAGCUGACUGUAGGGAAUGCCCACUGACAGCUGAUGCCAGGAUAGCAAUUGCCUUACCAGUAUGUUUAGUCUGUGCUGGCUUCAUUCUGACAAUAGUGUGGUUUCAAUACCAGAAGCAAAAGAUGUUUUGGGAUGAAAGCUGGAUUAUAGACUUCUCCUGCAUCAAACAAGAUCGCUUGCUACGGACUGCAAUGGGCAGCAUCAUUAGCGUGGCCCAUGCACCCAGCGACUCCAACGCCAGCUGUAUCACUGCCCUGAGUUCUUGCACAGCAGCUGUCAACUCAUCCAGGAAACAGCACUUCACCCAGACAGGAAUAUAUGACGGUAGAACAGUCGCCAUCAAGAAAAUAAGGAGGAAGACAUUCACCUUGUCCAAAUCCAUACGCAAGGAAGUAAAGCAAGUGAGAGAACUCGAUCAUCCCAACCUCUGCAAAUUCAUCGGAGGUUGUACAGAGGUGCCAAAUGUUGCCAUUGUGACAGAAUACUGUCCGAAAGGUAGCCUGAGUGAUGUGCUGCUCAAUGAAGACAUUCCUCUCAACUGGGGCUUCAGGUUUUCCUUUGCUGGAGACAUUGCCCAAGGAAUGGCUUAUCUUCACCAGCAUAAAAUCUAUCAUGGAUGCUUAAAGUCUAAUAACUGUGUGAUAGACGACCGCUGGGUGUGUAAAAUUUCAGACUAUGGAUUACAGUCCUACCGAAAAGAGGACUCUUGUGAGGGUGCUAGCACAUAUCAGCAGCGUUUGAUGCAGAUUUACUCGGCUCCAGAGGCCCAUUCAUUGUCAGACUAUGUCCCCACUUCCAUGGCAGAUGUGUACAGUUAUUCCAUCAUUUUAUUAGAGAUCGCAACAAGAAGUGACCCUGUGCAGGAUGAUUCUCAUUCAGCGGAAUAUUCAUCGUGCCUGCCUCUGACAGAAUUAAUUUCAGGAAAGUCUGAGAAUUCCUGCCCAUGCCCUACAGACUAUGUGGAGCUAAUCAGGAGGUGCAGGAAAACCAACCCAACCCAAAGGCCUACAUUUGAGCAAGUCAAGAAGUUAUUGUACAAGAUGAAUCCUAACAAAGUUAGUCCAGUCGACAUGAUGAUGACUCUGAUGGAGAAAUACAGCAAACACCUGGAAGUAGUAGUUGCAGAACGAACCCAGGACUUAAUGCAUGAAAAGCAGAAAACUGAUCGUUUAUUAUAUAGUAUGUUACCCAAGCAAGUAGCAGAUGAUCUGAGGCAAGGAAAACCUUCACAAGCCCAAAGUUACAUAAUUGCCACCAUCUUUUUCAGUGACAUUGUUGGCUUCACUCAGCUAUCCAGCACCAGCACACCUUACCAAGUGGUGGACUUCUUAAACAAACUCUACACUACCUUUGAUGAAAUCAUAGACAACUAUGAUGUCUACAAAGUGGAGACGAUAGGAGAUGCCUACAUGGUAGUGUCGGGGGUACCCAAAGAGAAUGGUAUUCGUCAUGCUAGUGAAAUAGCAAGUAUGGCUCUAGACCUGGUGGCCGUGUGCAAGACAUUUAGGAUUCCGCACAAACCCAACAGCCAGCUAAAGAUACGAGCAGGAAUCCACUCAGGGCCAGUUGUAGCUGGAGUCGUUGGAACCAAAAUGCCCCGGUACUGCUUGUUUGGAGACACUGUCAACACAGCUUCCAGGAUGGAGUCCACCAGUGAGGCUCUUAAAAUACAAUGCAGUUCAAAUACAUACCAGCUGUUGGAGCAGAUUGGAGAGUACAUAUUAGUGUGUCGUGGGAAUUUGCAAGUCAAGGGGAAAGGAGACAUGGUAACAUACUGGCUAGAAGGAAAGCAGAAUACUGCCAUCCAGAAAAGAGCGCCCAUCACUACCACAGCCUCUCAAGAACCUGAUGGAACUACUUUUAGUUUGAUUCCAGGAGUCUUGCCCAAUGAUCCUCUCUCAAGCCCAGCUUAAAGGGCAUGGGUAGAUGUUUUGUUUUUCCAGUUUCUCCUUGUUUUCAGUCUUUUAGAUCUACCUGGCAAACUUCUCAUGUGAUCCAGAAGGGCCUGAGAUCUUUGAAAGCUUCCAUUGCCAUGCCCCGCCUAGAGGCAAAGCAAGAAAAUAGAUGCUGCUCCCCUACAGCCUAUCUGGAUGUACGGACAGUCGUUAAUCAUAGCUCUCUCCCUUAAGUCUGACGGGAACAAAAAUAAAGAAGUAAAACAAAUCACUGGCGAUGACAAAUGUGUGGAUACACAAGGAAUUAAAUGGAUUCUUCUGUGUCACCAGCUAGCCAGAGACCGGGAUCAGACCUGUACAGCUGUCGCUUAGGUUUUGGGGGGGAAAGCCCUGCAAACAACCCCCAUUAUCAGACUUGGCACAAGCAGUAGGCUGGAGAUGUCAGCAUAUUAACUCCUCUCGUGGUGAGAAGGAGAAAGGGGAGGCCGUGCUAUUUAGUGCCAGGGUGGUGAUAAGCCUCAUGGGAUUAAUUUGUUUAAUGUUUUGAAAGGAGGGAUUGAAAUGUUGACUUUUCUAGAAUUAAAGGCCAGGUAGAGUAGGAGGGAACAAUCUGGCCUAGUGGAUAAAACAUUGGACUAAAAGAACUCAGGGGGUCUGGCUUCUUGUCAUUAGCCAUUGGAGUGACUUUGGGUAAGUCAGUUCACCUGUCUGUGCCUCGGUUUCCCCAUCUGUAAAGCAUAGAUGAUACUAACCUCCUUUGUAAAGUGCUUUGGGAUCCAGGGAUGAAAAGAGCUGGGGAUUAUUGAAUAGGAGAAAGACUGUUUGAACAGUUCAUGUCUUAGGCUGCUGUAGGAGCUCUCUGGAAUGCUGGUCUGACACUCUUGGGUCAAAAUCCACACCCCGAGCAACAUAGUUAUACUGACCUAACCCCUGGUGUAGACCGUGCUAUGUUGACAGGAAAGUUUCUCCCGUUGACAUAGCUACCACCUCUCUAAGCAAAUGGGAAAAGCUUUCCCAUGGUCAUAUGUCGUGUGUUCACUAAGCGCUAUGGCAGCACAGCUGCGUUGCUGCAGCGCUGUAAGUGUAGUCAAGCCCGAAGAGAAAACUCUCUAAAUCUCCAUGAUUGCUAAUGGUGAUGUGUUUAUGUGAGUGGCUUCUCAUUCAAGCUCUGUCAGAGGUUAUUUUCUCUGAAUACAAAGUACGCUGUACAAUGUGUGCUGUAUGCUGUUUGGGACGCUGCAGUUUUUCUUUUUUCCAGACAACAGAUUUAUUUAAAAUGGCAGCAGAUUUUCUCUCAGUCAGGGUUGUUAGAUCUUAGAAAAGUUUCACCGGUGUAACUAAAUUUAUUCCAAAUCAGUUUAGAUACACCAGUGCAAAACCCUAAAGAAAGUGUACUUAAACCAGUGUAAAUCCAUUUAGAUUAACUGGGUAAUUUACUGGCUCAUGCUCCCAUGUAAUGAGCAUAUUUUUAUAUUAAAUAUGUACUGUGUGAUCACUGAGAUUGAAAUUAAAAGGAAUUGCUGAUACUGAAAUUCCUUAUUUAAUUGGAAAGCACAUGCAAUAGUAAUAGCAACUGACUUUAUUGAAUGAGAUUACAAUAUACAGUCUGACUAAAUUCUUUUUUUAAAGUGUAUUUUUCCAUUUAUCUAAACUUUACAUGUUAAAUUUGCAUACGUUUCAAAUUUUAUAAUAUAACCACCAAUAAACUCAAACUCAAAGUCAACCACAGCAUUGUAACAUCCUUUAGCACAUUGAGUUCCUCUGCAGCUCAGUCAAACCCCCACUGAUCUGAAUACCAUGUAUGUUCCUGAAACACUUUGAUCUACACCAUUGCAUCAUGCAUUAGAUAUCUGGCAUUACACUGUCA